GCAACUAGACGACUCCGCACUGGAACCACAAGAAAAUUUGAUGCACACAUCGCCCAUGAAGAAGCCAAAGUUAGACGCACCAUCAGCAGAAGAGGUUGCCGCCGCCACACGCAUCACGGACAUUGAAAAGCUGCGACGAUUAUUAGGUAUCGACGAUGGAAAAGUUGACUAAGGAAAAGUACGAAGAGCUGCGCCUCCUCUGUGACACGGUGGGUGCACAGCAGCUGGCGGACUGCCUGGUCGAUGUUCUAAUAAACAACGACGAUUACUUGCCACGGCGCGAUGAGGCGAUGUUGGUGGUGGCCGUUUACCUGUCGACGUGCACCAAUCAGCUGGAGAGGGCGUUAUUUCGCAAAUAUUUCCCUCGGCUGGUGCGUACCGACACGGAACUGUUCAUAUUCACGGGGCUCGUGAAUCAGGUGCAGGAUUUGCGAGGGCGCAAAACCCCAUUAAGUCGCACCAUCCGCAAGGCGGUCAUUGAGUGGUACACGGACAAGUCGGCGGCUGUGCUGCUGCAAAUGUGGUCAAAGGGCGAGCAAAUCUGUGCCUCGCACAAGAAUCUGCUGCAUAUCUGCCACUAUCGGGAUGUGGAACUGAUUCCCGAAAUUAAGGCCACCCUGGAGCUGUUUUGCACCCCCACCAGGCAGCUGGGAAACUGGCCGGAAUUCCUCAAUCCCCUUAUCGGAAGUAAGAAAAUAAUUGAGGGCAUUGUUAAGCUUCGUAAGGCCAUAAAUGCCCUGGAGGCACUGCCGAUACUGAAAGAGCUCUCAUUGACGUAUGAACAAGCGCCCGAGAAUUUUCGUGCCGAUCCCGUGCUCGCCGAAUACCUGAUCCCGACGAUCAGCUACGAGCAGCUGCUAAAGACAUCACCGCGAGUGUUACGCCUCUGCAAGCGCGGCCAACAUAGACCCGCUGCGCAUCCUGCUAUGAUCGCGGUCAAGCGGAAUAGGCCAAACUUUUUGUUUAAUGUCUAUGCGUCGUCAUUUGGACACAACAAGGCCUUGGGCAAGCGGCUGCACAUUACUCUAAGUCUAGAAAAAUUUUACCUAGGCAAGUACCUCAAUGACCGUUAUCGGUCUAUUAAUUAUCUGGACGCGCUUGUGGGUGUCGCUUUCGGAUAUUAUAAGACCGACUCUGAUGGUAGUAAAGUGAACUACUGGUCCGAUCGCACUGGCAAGCUCAAGACUCUGCCCUGGACUAAUGCGAUGACGGUGGUGGAGGCAACGGAAUGUUGCAAAACUCAAGGGGUACAGAAAACUAAACAGGUGCUAACCCAAAUAUUAAAUAAGGCCAUGGAGGAUACAAAAACGUAUGAUGUAUUCUUAAUUGUGGUACCGGCCGCCACACGAGGUAACCCCUUCAACAGCUCAAAUACCUUAUCCAACCUCCUGAAAUUGUAUCGCGAGGAGCGAAAGUGUAACGCCAAGUAA